GCCAUGUUCAUUGCCUUCACUGGCCCAAACAUCAUCGCUGCACGGCAUGGGGGUGCUCAUCAGUGGAAUACUAGACUUGAGGCGUUUUUUGAGAUGCUUUAUGUAUAUGUUCUCUGAGUGAUGACUUAUAUACGAAGCUAAUAAUUGGCAGUGGUCAAAUCUCGUUCAAAUUUUGUAUGGUCCCGUUAUACUUGUUGUCAAGCUCUCAAUUCUGCUCCAAUAUCUUCGGAUAUUCGUGCCAACACGACGAGGUAAUCUGGGAAUGUAUAUUGGACUGUGUCUUGUAUCUGGUACUCACUUGGUCUUCUACAUUGUCGUCACCUUCAUCCAGAUCUUUUCUUGUAGGCCGAGAGAAGCUACAUGGAAUAAGCUCAUUCAAGAUAAAUAUUGCUUGAAUCUUCCAGCAAUGUUUGUCGCUUCGGGAGUUGUCAAUGUCGUGUCAGACCUGAUCAUUCUCGUACUACCGAUACAUUCAAUAUGGAAACUACAAAUCACAACCAGGCAGAAAAUGCAAGUAACGGCAGCAUUUGCUACAGGGCUUUUGGUAUGAUUCCGCUACAGAUGAUCCUUUUGCUUGUUGGCAGCACUGACAAUAGAUUGUCUUUCACAGGUCUGCGUUGCUUCAAUUGCCCGGUGUUACUACAUCGUCAAAUUCUUCGAAACGGAGGAUCAAACAUGGGCUAUAGUGCCCCCUGGGCUUUGCGGGAUAGCAGAAAUCUCUCUUGGAAUAAUCUGCACUUGCCUCACAACAUUGCCCAUGUUCUGUCACGUCAUCCAUGUCCAACUUUCACGGAUGUCCUUCUUCGGAUAUAAGAUCUUUGGAGGCUCAGAAAUCGAUCCAAGAACACCAUACAACUCCACCGCCUCUGCCUUGCGAAGCAAAACCCCCUCACAAUGGAAUAACGAGAGUGGAGACAACAACCAGUCUCGAAAGAGUUACCAUGAGCUUGACGAUUUGCAAUUGUCGCCUAGAGGCAACCAGAUGAGAGUGUCUAUCACUAGUCCCGAACGAGCAAGAUCUGGAUUGGAACGCGAAUUGGAGGAGGGAAGGAUUCUACAAACGACGAUUGUGGAGGUGGAGGAGAAGACCCUUCCGCCGAGGAAUGUUACAGGAAAGACUUAUUAUGAUGAUACCUAAUCAGGGAGAUACCCCAAAAUACAAAAGUACAGAAAUAAAAUCGAAAUCGG